UUGUUGCUUUGUUAAAUAAAAAAAGUUUACAAGGCCUGUUUGCAGAGGCUUCAUCCGUCACAACAUGGAAGCACACAAAGCUCUCCUUAUAUGUGCACUCCUUUGUACAGUCACUGGAGUAUUCACACAAGGUCUGCGUGCAUAUGUUAAGACUGAUGGGGCUUUGAUUCUGUCACCGGUGAAAAGGAUGUACUCUGUGAGAACAGCCACUGAUUGUGCAGCCAGGUGUGACGCAGAGACAACCUUCACCUGCAGAUCAUUUGUAUAUGAAACAGAAUAUCAAGACUGUCAGACUAUCCCAGCUAACUCAAAAGUCCAGUCUUUAUACUGGAGACCAAGUGCAACACUCUAUGAGAAGAAAGAGUAUUUAAAGGAAUGUGUCAAUGGUAUUGGAGCUGAUUACAGAGGUACCAAAUCCACAACUAAAUCAGGAAUAAUAUGCCAGCAUUGGACCUCAAGAUCUCCACAGGCACCCAAUAUGACUCCUCAGAGAUAUCCAAAGGCUGACCUGGAGUACAACUACUGCAGAAAUCCAGACAAUGAUGCUGGUGGACCCUGGUGCUACACUAUGGAUCCACAGAAGAGAUGGGAGUCCUGUGAUAUUCAGGACUGCUCUAGUGCAGACUCCUCAGAAGACUGCAUGCACUGCAGUGGGGAAGAUUACAGAGGCAACAUCUCAAGAACGGUAUCAGGAUAUACCUGUCAACGAUGGGACUCGCAGACUCCCCACAGUCAUAGUUACAUUGCCUCUCUACUUCCUGAUAAAUACCUAGAGGAGAACUACUGCAGGAACCCAGACGGGGAGCCAAAGCCCUGGUGUUUCACCACUGACCCCAGAAAGCGCUGGGACAUCUGUAACAUCCCUCAGUGUGCCUCUGAUCCUCCAGUCACUGAGGAUGAGAUCACCUGCAUCACUGGUGAGGGCUCGGCCUACCGCGGAACCGUGUCUAUAACAGUCUCUGGGAGAGCCUGUCAGACAUGGUCAUCUCAGGCUCCGCAUAAACACUCAUUCACACCAGAAAACCACCCAUGCAAAGGACUUGAGGCAAAUCACUGCAGAAACCCCAACAAUGAGAGAAGUCCCUGGUGCUACACAUCAGACCCUGGAACAAGAUGGGAGUACUGCAAGGUGACCAGAUGUGGAGAGGAAGAGCCUGUUGCCAGUGAAGUAGUGGACUGCUAUGUUGAUAAUGGUGGCUCGUAUAGAGGAACGACAGCAGAGACUGUUACUGGGAAGACAUGCCAGGCCUGGUCAUCCAUGGUUCCUCACCGCCACAUGAAAACACCUCAGGCCUUUCCGCAUGCAGAUCUGCAGAGGAACCUGUGUAGGAACCCAGAAGGUGACCUUGCUCCCUGGUGCUACACCACUGACCCCUCAGUUCGCUGGGAGUACUGCAAACUGGAGAAGUGUCCCACCGCCAGAACAGUCCAGUUUACUGGACGAGCGCUAGGUCCAGAAGAGAAACCCACUGAACCAGCUGUGUUCGAACUCCCAGUCAAAAACUGCAAGGUAGGGAACGGGAAAGAUUACAGGGGUCAGACAUCUACCACUCUGACGGGCACUACCUGCCAGGCUUGGAGUUCCAUGGAGCCCCAUCCCCAUGCAAGCUUUACCUCAGAAUCACACCCUGAUAAAGGAUUAGAGGGAAACGAAUGUCGGAACCCAGACAAUGAUGUAAAUGGACCAUGGUGCUAUACUAUGGAUGAGAAAAAGAAGUGGGACUACUGCCAGAUCCCAGACUGCUCUGAGCACAAAUGUGGACAUCCACAGGAGUCUCCAACACAAUGCUUUGGCCGCAUAGUAGGAGAGUGUGUAGCCAAACCUCACUCUUGGCCAUGGCAAGUCAGCAUACGGACCAGCUCUGGAAGUCAUAUCUGUGGAGGAACUUUGAUAGAGGCACAAUGGGUUCUGACAGCUGAACAUUGUCUUAGGCCUAAAACGAGUGGGCCAUCUGCAUACAGGGUAUAUUUGGGAAUCCAUUCAGAGAGAGGGACUGAACCAUCAAAGCAAGUAAGGGAGGUUGAGAAACUGAUUCUUGAACCAGGAGGAAAAGACAUUGCUCUUCUCAAGCUUGAAAAACCAGCUGUCCUUAAUGAUAAGGUUUUGCCAGCAUGCUUACCAGAGAAGGAUUACAUCGUUCCAGCCAAAACUGAAUGCUAUAUAACUGGAUGGGGUGACACACAAGGUACUGGAGGAGAUGGGUUUCUGAAGGAAACUGGCUUCCCAGUCAUUGAAAACAGAAUUUGUAACCAACCUCUUUACCUGAAUGGUCAAGUGAAAGACUAUGAAAUGUGUGGUGGAAAUAUUGAAGGAGGAACAGACAGUUGCAAGGGGGACAGUGGAGGGCCGCUUGUAUGCGUCCAUCAGACGACUUUCAUUCUUCAAGGAGUGACAUCAUGGGGGCUUGGCUGUGCAAGACCAAAUUCUCCAGGGGUAUACGUCAGAGUGUCCAAAUUUGUCAACUGGAUUGGAGAAGAAAUGCUAAAAAACAAAUAAGAAGCACAUAUGAUCAAAUAAAUUUCACUUUGUAUUUGGACAUGA